ACAUUCCUCCGCGCACUACGUUCUCGUAUCGCGUCACGCGCGCAGCGAUGGUUGUUCGGCCGCGAGUCUUCGGCCGCUGGUGCAGGUUCCGUCCGGACAGGUUACCGCGGUAACGAUCGUCACCGUCGCCGUCGCGUCCACCUGCGGGUGCCGUCAGUUUCUCUCCGGCUCGCGUACGUUCCCGCGCGCUGAUAUCCUCCGUCCACCCGAGGGUUGUUGUCCGCGUCGGCGUCAUAAUGUCCGCGGCCCGCGGGUUGUCGCUCAGGAAGCUGUGCGGCGAGAAGGUGUGCCCCGAGUACUUCAUGUGCCUGGACCACGACCUCCAGUGCUACCCGUGCCUGUCGUACUGCAACGAGACGUCGCACAACUACGACGCCAGGAUAUGCGAGCAACAGUGCCAAGAUUAUAUACACGACUACGUGAAGCAUUACGUCAAGGAACAGAACAUCCAAGAUGCGCUCCACGAACUGGAUAGCUUAAAAUCGUUGAUCAUUUUCAUGACGUUUCUGGUUGCCAUAGCGCUUGUCUUCAUAUCCGUCACGUUGGUGUUUAUUUGGAACCGCGAGAGGAGGAUAAGGAAGAUUAAGAACGGUGGCCAAGAUUCGUUUUUUAAAAAAAAGUUGGCCUCAUUACAGUACCCGAAGAAAAAGGAUAAGGUGAGCACGGUGAGCGAGACGAUAGUCAACAAGAUGCCAACGGCGAACGCGGCCACGUCGCUGGCGGCCACACAGACGGACCUGAUGAUCGCCACGCCCCCGUCCGCCUCGUCUUCGGGUCAGCGGACGAACACGUCUUCCGGCGGCAUGAGCAACAGCAGCUGCUCCUCCAACAAGCUACCAUGCGAAGACGCCACGCUCGAGUUCUCCGGCUACGAUAAUUUCGCGCUCAAAGUGUCGCCCGUCCUGGGCAAAACGAUCACCGCCAACGACCUGCUGCACCGGCAGUAUUCCCCUUAGAGGAGGCACUGCGAAACGGAACCCGCAAAGGUUUGGGGUUGAUGAGGGGGCGCAGAGAGGUUUGUUUUUGGUGCGCGCGAGGCUUUCGUCUACCGUCGAAGAUCCGCGAACAUGGUCAUGCAGCCGCAGCACCUCUGUAACCGUGUUUCGGUUGCGGCUCGGUUAAGCACGCGCGACCGUUGACCGCGCACGGUGCGCGCAACCCGUGGAGGAUUUGCAGAAACAAACGUUUUGAUCGCAACACUUGUAUACGCUCUGCGCCUGUUUGAAAAACGAUUCCGUUUCGUUUACGUUGUGCACUCCAAGCUGCCGCCGACGCCACUCGCCGUUUAACUCGUUCCGGUGCAUUAAGUAAAUAACAUUUCAUUUUUGGAUUUCUCAUUAUUAUUAUUUGUUUGUUUUCCCGCGACAAUAUUUACUAAACGGUUUUAUGAAAUUCUUAACGAACAGUGUUCUGUCGACGCAGACGACAACAACGCAUAGCCGCGAUUCUGCAUAACAUUCGUGCGCUCGCACAUGGUUGUAUUGCUCGUUCGCGGUCUAAUUGUACGUACUUAUGUUGAUAUUUAUUUUUAUUUCCUUUUAAUACUACGAUUUUGUUAUGUUUAGUAUGUAAGCAUGUAUAAUUUGUUGUCACGCACAAUAUUAUUAUAAAACAAACCUGAUCAUGGUAUUGACGUUAGCGUUGGUUGUAAAACACUAUUUAUAUUUUAUAAACAAUGAUAUUAGUUAUAUUAUGUAGUUAUAGGCUUCUGAACGAUUCGAGGAUGUUCAAAGAAAUUUGACCUUUCGUUUCUCUUUUAAUAUUACCUGAUUGUUUUAUGAUUCUGUUAUUUAGCAUUUAAGCAAGUAUAAUUUUUUGUCACGUACAAUUAUUAUAAAACACAGCAGAAAUUGUGGUAUUAACGUUAACAUUGAUUGUAAAGUACUAUUUGUAUCUUUUAAUCAAUGAUUUUAGAUUUAGGUAAGCGAAAACUAAGCAUUUUUGUUAUUUCAUUUUAUAAUAUUACGAUUUCGUUACUUAUGAUCCAGGCAUAUUAUAUUUAUGUUGUCGCAUAUGUGAUAAUCGAUUGCGUGUUCAAUCGAUAUAUAUAUUUAUAAUGUAUGCAUUUUCUGUGGUAGUAGUUUUAGGUGCAUAGUCGUAUAUUAUAGGCUUAGAGCGUUCCGAAAAGGAUAAAAUAAUUAAAACCUUUCAUCAGUGAACCCCGUCCAAUAAGGUUUUAAUAAUUUUUAGACAACUUCACGCAGCGUUUACGCGUCUGCGCGGGGUAGUAGGUUAGGUACUAGUUUUAUUCGCACGGUCAAGCAGCCAUCGCCGUGCCGUUUGAUCGUGUUGUAAAUAUAGCACAGUAUUUGUACAUAGUUAUAUAUAUUUUAUAAUAAUACCAUGAUCUAUGUAAGUUAGGCUUUAUGAUAGAAUUUUAUUACGUUUAAUAUGUUACUUAUAUAGCGUAGACAAGCAUCGCGCAGGAUGUAUAUGGUUAGGAAUACCUAUGUGAUGUAAUCAUGGUCUUACGAAAAAAAAAAAAAAAAUGGCGUAGU